GCGUGCGUCAAGGAGGGAUGGAGACGGUCUGGAGGAAGGGAGGCGCGCCGGUGGGUUGUUGCCUCUGGAAGACGGCGCUGCUCCUGCUCCUGUGGAGAGAAUCUGACAGCCAUGCAGGGGCAGCAGGACUUGGUCCAGGAGGAGGGCCGGAUUCCUCCCAGCCCCGUUUCUCCUCCUCCCUCCCCACCUACCUCCCCGUCCAAUGCCAGCUGAGCGGUGCUGACUCUGCGUUCUUCCUGCGAGAAGCCAAUCAGGAGGUGAUGCGAAAUGGCAGCCUAUCAUCUCGGACCGAACCCUUCUUCCUCCACCAGCUGGAGCCAGGCGUCGCCGCCCCGCACUCCCUGCCCAACGUCAACUGCAGCUACGGAAACCUGAGCGCUGAGCAGCCGAUCCCAGUGGAGCUGCUCCAGGGUCCGCCGCCGCAUCUGCUGACGACCACCAACCAGGUGACUCUGAAUUGGAAGGUCAAAGGUCAAGUGGUGGUGCCCAAAGUGGGGUCAACACGGCCCUGGAUACAGGUCCUGUUUUACCUGGUAGGUCGGCGUUGGGAUGAGCUCGACCCACCUCCUCCUGCCCUCCUCCCAUGUGUUAGAGCCCUGGCCAUCCGGGACACCAGUGAAGCUGCACCCUCGGCAGGCUGCCGCCUCAUGGGGCCAUCUGGCAUCUGCGUUGUCCGUCUGGAGAUUCCCCCAGCUUGGUUUACACCACUGCAAGUGAGAAAAAGACCCUUUGAGGCGACUCUGCCAUCAGUGGAUGUGUAUUACUCAAUCAUACCAGUGGAAGGCUCUGGACAAGAGUGUCCCUCCAUUGUUAACGAGCCAUGGAGAAGUCAGAGCGCGAACAUUGGGCCUCUUGGAGGCCUUGGAUUGGGCCUGGCCGGACAGUGGAGCCCCCUCCUGGAUGGGGGUCUUCAGGACAUGCUGAAAGCUGGUUCUGUGGCAAUGAGCAUGGGCCCGGUUUCUGCCAAAGGAGAAAGAUUGAGACUGGAUGACAAUGUGGAGGUUCUGGUGCCACCCAGCCCGGUCCGACUUGGCAAGACGGUGGCGUUUGGCAUCUACAUGAAGACAGAUUCGAACACGGAACAGUUUACACUGAGGGUGUGGUUCCAGUCAGGCAUCAACUUCCUGGCUGUGAAACCCAGCAACCUGGUUGCGUGGGAGAUCAAACAGGAAAUGGCACCAGGAAGCAGUACGUUGGCAGUGAUGUGUCAGAGAAAGGCCUACUCCACAGCAGAGAGAUUGGAAAACCCCUCAUAUGAGGUGAUGCAGCUGGAAUUCGAAGUGGACAACGUGAUCAACCUGGUGCCGACGCAGACUCUGCACUGGAACAUCGAGUACCCACCCGGCAUGCAGACGACUUCCAGGCAAACGGAGAAAGUCUCGCACCUCUACAUCAGCAACACCGACAUACAGGGAAUCGUCCCGCUGGCCGAGGACACAGAGGUGGUGAAUACGGCCAUUCUUACGGGUCGACGUGUCGCAGUGCCCAUCAAACUGGUUACCGUGGAGACCGACGGACAGGUGAGGGAGGUGGACGACUCGGUGACCUGCAGCUCGACAGACGUGGACGUCGUCAAGGUUUCCCCAAACUGUGACCAGGUUUUGGUGAACGGUAAAGAAAUGCGAGGUCGGCAGUCUUUGGCGGUCAACUUCACCUACCUGCACCUCUCUGCUCAGCUUCAGCUCACCGUCUGGGUGCCUAAGCUACCUCUGCAGAUAGAUGUGUCGGAUACUGAGCUGAGCCAGGUUAAAGGCUGGAGGGUACCCAUCAUCACUAACAAAAGACCUACGAGAGACAGUGAAGAUGAUGAGGAUGAUGAGCGAAAGGGCAAAGGCUGCACCCUACAGUACCAGUAUGCCUUGGUGCGGGUCCUCACACAUUUUGUCGCAGAACCCUCUGACCCAGGAGGAGAGAUGGUCUACAUGUUAGGAGCAGACUGGCAGGCUGAUAUCACUCAUUUGGUCUUGGAGCAGCUAAAGGUCGAAGAUCCUCGUAUUGCCAGACUGAUAGAUGGACGAAUCUUGAUCGGACGGGACCUGGGGAUCACCACUAUACAGGUUCUGUCGCCACUGUCUGACUCCAUCCUGGCUGAGAAGACUGUCACCGUGUUGGAUGACAAGGUCACCAUCACAGAUCUGGGAGUCCAGCUUGUUGCAGCUCUGUCCCUCAGUAUGUCAGCAAGUCCUGGAAAUUACCAGGCUAUACAGCUGACGACUACAGCUACCGACCUUCUACACACGCCUAAACAGGAAGCUGUGAUCAGUGCGUGGAUACAGUACAGUGAUGGUUCAGUGACACCGCUUGAUGUCUAUGAUCCCAAAGACUUCCUCCUCUCUGCAGUGUCAUUGGACGAGAGCAUUAUCUCCAUAACCAAUCAGGAGCAACAUUGGCCUAUUGUAGUGGCAGAGGGCGAUGGACAGGGAACACUCAUUCGCGUGGAGAUGGUCAUCUCUGAGACCUGCCAGAAAUCAAAAAGGAAGAGUGUUCUGGCAUCUGGAGUUGGAAAUGUGAUUGUGAAGUUUGGAGCAAAAAACGAGGAAAGAGGUGUGAUGGGAAGAGAUGGACAGGACGACGGAGGAGGGAUGGACAACAGCACCAGUGAGCACCGAACUAAGGAUGGAGAGUGGAAGUCCAACAGUGCAGCAGUGGAUCGGGAGGAAGGAGCCAUGAGGAAGGUUAGCACAACAACCAAGAGCACAGUAACACAUCGUGCUUCAGGUGGUAAAGCUGCCAGUGGGGGCAGCAGCAGCAGCCGAGGCGGAGGCCCCAGCCAAACAGGGGACUACAGUGGCUAUCCAGCACAAGUGGAGGUACCAGGCACUGGGGAUAGUGAGCUGACCCAGACCACUAGAGGACUGUCGGACCUGGAGAUUGGAAUGUAUGCCCUUUUGGGUGUAUUCUGUCUGGCAAUACUGGUCUUCCUCAUCAACUGCGUCAGCUUUGCUUUCAGAUACCGUCACAAGCAGGUCCCAGUGCUGGAAGCUGGAGGCAACAUGAACCACGCCCAUGAUUGGGUGUGGCUUGGCAACGAGGCUGACCUUUUGGCUGACCACUCUGACCAAUGCCAGGGCGGGAUGCCUGAUGAGUGCACCACCAUCAUUGACCGGAAUGAAGGAGGAUACGAUGAGAACAAGUACCUGCUGAACGGUUCUGGUAACACCUUGGUGAUGGGCGUGGGUACAGGCAUGGGCACCAUCAGCGGGAGUGGUGGCACAGGUGGACACCGAGGCAUCAACCACGGACAAACCUUGCCCAGAUCUGUUCCAGAACCGCAUCAGUGCCUUUCUACAAUCACUACAGGUGGCAAAAAUGCCACUGGCCAAGCGGAGCAUCUGAAUAAUUCCCCACGAGCCACAGCUGCGGCGGCAGUUGCAGCCGCCAAGCGUAAACGCGUCCAGUUCACGUCUUUUGCCACUGUUCUGCCCAAUGAUAGUUCAGGUGGGGGUGGCCAAUACGCCAACUCUUCAGUCCUGAUGACCAAUGGGGGCGAGGACGACAUCAAGUGGGUGUGCCAGGAUAUGGACCUGGGUCAGUCAGAAAUCAGAACCUACAUGGAAAGGCUACAAGACAAUCUGUGACUGAAGGGAAACAGACUGACAAAUGAAGGGGCAGAGGAUGAGAGCAGGAGGGGGGGAGAUGGACAAUGAGUACAAUUCACCUGUAAUGCCUUUGCAAUGGAUGAAGGGAGGGAGGAUGGGAGGAAUGUGGGAACAGUUAAGGGAACACAAAGUGUGGCAAAGAGUUUAAAAGAUUGUUGAACAGACAGUUUAGGGGACGCUUAGUUUAGCUCCCCUUAGGCUAUGGAAAGCAUACUGUCAUCCCUAGUUCACACGGAAAACAACGGUAGCAAACAAAUAACAUUAUGAAUUUGUUUCAUAUUAUUUAUUGUGAAAAUGUUAGUGUAAAAAUCAAUUACAACGUCACUAUUGGUUUGUGAUUGUUUAUUUUCAGAAUACCAGUAAACCAUUGUGCUAUACAGUAAAUUCAGGGUAUGUUAUUGGGCAAACAUUAUUAAGCCAGUUUAAAUGAAAAAACAAGGAUGGCAAUAACUAUUUUUUACUCAUAUGGUGUAUUGCCAGUAUUGGCAGCGGCUGUUGAUUGAUUAUUGAUAGAUCUAGUUUUAAUAUACAAACCUGUUAUUAACCAGCCACAUCUGCUGAAUGGUUAUAUACUGUAGGGAAUCACUGAUUAUGAUUACUGAAGAAUACAAUCUGUUUGUUUUUAUUCUAUCAUGUGACCCAUUUGCAUUGCUCAUAAGUAAAAUGUAACAUAUAAAAAUAUAUAUAUAUAUAUAUAUUCCUAGUACUCAACUAUAAAUUAUGGCACUGGUGGGAACUACCAUUCAGCACUGAUAUGGGCAACCUCGCUCUUUACUCAAACAACCGAAUGUGUCAAGAAUUGGAAAAUGAAAUGUCACACAAAAGACUGUUUCUCCCUUGGAUCCAAGACAGAGGCAUUUAAACUUGCACAAUUCCAAACAGGAAAGGACAUUAGCCAUAUUUGAGGCUUACUUCCUGUUUCCUGAAACCUUCCAGCCAAUGACGGCUUUCUCCCUGUAUUCAGAACCAAUCCUGUCAUCCCCUGGCCCCCUCUUCUUGUCUGUGACUGGACAGCAGUAGAAACCUUGUGGACUAAAAGUACACAGUGAAAUACUGUCUGUAACUUAUAGGACGACUGACAGAGGUGUCUCAUAUAAAAAGGAGGCUGCUUGGGCUUUGCCGAGCCUAACCGAUGAUUCAAAACAGAAAACAUGUUGGCAACAACACAGACCAGAGUACCUGCAGUGUAAUACACGGAGAUAACAGGAUAUACUGAUGACAUUACAAUACAAAUGAAAAUGGAGUGACAUUCUUGACUAUCCCACAAAUAGAUAUGGGUUCAUGAAACAUGUUUGUUAUUGCUAAACAUAAUUAUGUUGGGUUUUUUUCUUUUGUUUGUCAUUUUUGAUAAAUAGAAUGUUUUUAUUAUGUUUUUUCCUUGUUUCGUUUGUCCUAAUUUGGGAAGGUAUUAAUUGUAGCUUUUUAUUUCAGAGAUUUAUUAAGAGUUUAAGGAUAUAUGAUUCUUUUUUCUCUACUGGAGAUCUAUUUAUUUAAAUUAACAUUUGAGAGGGUGAGGAAGGAAUGAAAGACUGAAGACAGUUGACCUGCUGGUGAAUGAUAGCACAUAAGGGAACAAGGGGAAAGAAAGGAGACAGAACAGGCAGAGGUUGCCUCACCUUCGUUAAGCUCAGGUGACGAGUCAUGAAGAACCGACAAUAAAAAAGGAGAACUGUAAGAUUGUUAAGAUUGCAAUAUUUAUUUAUAAAUGUGUUACUGUUUCAGAGUACACUGUAUGUUGUAGAUAAAUAAACAUGCUUCAAAGUGCUUGUGAAUAAGACUGCAGGUCACUAGCCAACAACAUGGUGAAAAUUUUGUACAUUUUACAGUGCAAAUAUGGUACACAAUACUCUCUACCACCACAAUGUGAAAGUGAUCUUAUUGGUUCUUUUUCUAAAAAAUGUUCCUGUCUUUGUUUAAAGUAUUGGAUGAGUUCUUGUCUUUGUACAGGGUAGGAAUCAUUACCUCCAUAACGAGAUGUAAAAACGGAGGUAAUCUAUCAUGCAUCACGCUCAAAAUUGCUUGAGGUUGGUUAAGUCCAAGAGAUCCAUUUCAGAAAGAAAACCAAACCAAAUGUUAGGGUGUUGGGCUUGUCCAUAAGAAAAAAACAAUGGCAAAAAUCUGGAUUAGUAUAUCAUUUCUGUUCUCAAUCAUUUGUUUAGCAAAGAAACAUAAUAAAAAUGCACAUAAAACAAUGGCUGAAUCAUCUGGUCUGAAACAGAAUGAAUAAAGGAUUGAAAGGACAGAAAACUUGGAUGGACAAAAUAAAAAAAAAAAGGCUGACUCCAAAUGGGGCGACUGCACAGCCUCCACCAAAGCAAUAGAUACUUUGACUGAUGAUGGCGACUAUCCUGUAUGUUCGGGACUCAUAAACAUUAUCGUAUCUUUCCUGCUCUAACAAAGCUACAAGACUGUGCUGUGAGUUGAAGGAUCAGCCGAACGGUACAGGUUCAUUAGUCGCUUAUGGUAGAAGUGUAGCAAUGCUCUAAGAUGAAAAACCUUUUUGACUCUUAACAUGCUAGAACUGUGAGUUUAAACAUACUUUAUAGCCUGUGACACCCAUUUUACCUGUUGUAUCUUUUUAAAACUGUAUGGAUGUCAACUGAAAAAAAAAAUAAAUAUACAAGGCUAUUUUUGAAAGAUUA